UCACCAAGCCUCUGUGUUGUCAGUGUAACCCUCCGCCUGCGGUAGAUGCGCUGAGGCUGGAGUAGCCACCAUUUUGCAUGUCUAGUGUGUGCCUCCCUCCAUUGCUAAUAGAGACGAUUCCAGUUCUUUUCUGGUAUCAUUACGGCUUAGAAUGCCAGCUCCGAUCAGACUGCGGGAGCUGAUCCGGACUAUCCGGACAGCACGGACCCAGGCAGAGGAGCGUGAGAUGAUCCAGAAAGAGUGUGCUGCUAUCCGCUCAUCUUUUCGAGAAGAAGACAAUACAUACCGUUGCAGAAAUGUGGCAAAGCUACUUUAUAUGCACAUGUUGGGUUACCCGGCACACUUUGGGCAGCUGGAGUGUCUGAAGCUGAUUGCAUCCCAGAAGUUCACUGACAAACGAAUAGGUUAUUUGGGGGCUAUGCUGCUGUUGGACGAGAGGCAGGACGUCCACCUUCUAAUGACAAAUUGCAUCAAGAAUGACUUGAAUCACAGCACUCAGUACGUCCAGGGCCUGGCCUUGUGCACUCUGGGCUGCAUGGGUUCCUCAGAAAUGUGUCGUGACCUGGCUGGGGAGGUAGAGAAGCUGCUCAAAACAUCCAACUCUUACUUGAGGAAAAAAGCGGCGUUGUGUGCAGUUCAUGUCAUCAGGAAGGUUCCAGAACUUAUGGAAAUGUUCCUUCCAGCUACAAAAAACCUGCUGAGCGAGAAGAACCAUGGUGUUCUCCAUACAUCAGUUGUCCUCCUCACCGAGAUGUGUGAAAGAAGUCCUGACAUGCUGGCACACUUCAGAAAGCUGGUUCCACAGUUGGUAAGAAUCCUGAAGAACCUAAUCAUGUCUGGAUACUCUCCUGAGCAUGAUGUGUCAGGCAUUAGCGAUCCAUUCCUGCAGGUGCGGAUAUUGAGACUACUGAGAAUUUUAGGCAAGAGUGAUGAUGACUCCAGUGAAGCAAUGAAUGACAUCCUUGCACAGGUUGCAACAAACACAGAGACAAGUAAAAAUGUAGGCAAUGCCAUUCUGUACGAGACUGUACUGACUAUAAUGGACAUCAAGUCUGAAAGUGGGCUGAGGGUCUUGGCCAUUAACAUACUGGGGCGCUUCCUUCUUAACAAUGACAAAAAUAUCAGAUAUGUGGCAUUGACAUCUCUACUAAAGACUGUACAGACAGACCACAAUGCAGUGCAGAGGCAUCGGAGCACCAUUGUGGAUUGUUUAAAAGACCUGGAUGUGUCUAUCAAGAGACGUGCAAUGGAACUGAGCUUUGCCCUGGUGAAUGGCAACAACAUAAGAGGCAUGAUGAAAGAGCUCCUCUACUUCCUGGACUCCUGUGACCCUGAGUUCAAGGCAGACUGUGCAUCAGGAGUGUUUUUAGCUGCAGAAAAGUACGCCCCUUCCAAAAGAUGGCACAUUGACACCAUUAUGAGAGUCCUGACAACAGCAGGGAGCUAUGUGCGAGACGAUUCUGUUCCCAACCUUAUCCAGCUCAUCACCAACAGUGUGGAGAUGCACGCCUACACAGUACAGAGACUUUACAAAGCACUGCUGGAUGACAUCUCUCAGCAACCUCUAGUGCAGGUGGCGUCCUGGUGCAUAGGAGAGUAUGGGGACCUGCUGGUGUCUGGACAGUGUGAAGAGGAGGAGCCCAUUCAGGUGACUGAGGAUGAAGUUCUGGAUGUGCUGGAAGGUCUCCUAGUGUCUAACCUGUCCACACCUGUGACCAGGGGUUAUUCCCUUACUGCCAUCAUGAAGCUGUCCACUCGCUUCAGCAGUGUCAACCGAAUCAAGAAAGUGGUCUCUAUAUAUGGCAGUAGCAUCGAUGUGGAGCUUCAGCAGAGAGCUGUGGAAUAUAACGCGCUUUUCAAGAAAUACGACCACAUGAGGCCAGCUCUCCUAGAACGAAUGCCCAUCAUGGAGAAGACUUCUUCAAAUGGCCCGACAGAAAUAGUCCAGACAAAUGGGGAGACAGAGCCCUCUAUUGUGGAACUGAAACAUCCACCACCUGUCACCCAGCCAGCCAACCAGGCUAAUGAUUUAUUAGACCUGCUGGGUGGUAAUGAUGUGGUGCCAGUGAUCCAGACUACAAUUCCCAGUAAGCCUGCCUCAGCUGGAGGAGAGCUUCUUGAUCUGCUGGGUGACCUCUCGCUAAGUGGCGGCCCACCCCCUGCUCCUGUUCCCUCUGUGCCCACUUCCCAACCCUCUUUCCUCCUAGAUGGACUCUCCUCACAGCCCCUCUUUAAUGACAUUGCAGCUGCAGCUAUUCCUCCUAUGAUCGCAUACAACAAGAAUGGUCUGAAAAUAGACUUCACAUUUGAGAGAGCUAAUCCUAAUCCAAACAUCGCGGUCAUUACCAUCCAUGCUUCCAACUCAGCAGACGCCGAUAUGACAGAAUUUGUUUUUCAGGCUGCAGUACCAAAGACAUUCCAGCUGCAGCUCCUCUCCCCUAGCAGUAAUGUUGUCCCAGCACUCAACCAGGGAACCGUCACACAGGUCAUCAGAGUCCUCAACCCACAGAAGCAACAGCUACGAAUGAGGAUCAAGCUGACGUACACCCUCAAAGGCUCGCCUGUGCAAGACCUGUCUGAGGUUAAUAACUUCCCACCUCAGUCCUGGCAGUGAUGACCUGCCUCUGCUCUUUAAAGCCCCACCAAGGGAACUAUGAAAACGAUUUUCCUUUCACCUCCCUCUAUUUCUUCCAACGGAUCCCCCUGUGACAUCACUGAAGUCCGCUGCCCUCAAGUUGCAAUGAAAGCAGCAGAGCAUCUAUCACAGGAGAAAAAUGCAGAUGUUAUGAAGACCCCUUUGACUAUUGGAAUCACCAGAAUAAUUGGGAAACAUAUCAAUCAAUGAACUCUUCUAUUUUCUUUUACUAAUUGGUUUCCAUUAACUCUUUGCAUAGUUGUACAAUUUUUCACACACACUCUUCGCCCAGCACCAUGACCUCCCUGCGGAAGCACAUAUGCACACCAUUCACUGUGGUGCACUUUAACUCUAAAGUCACUGUAGAGAGAAGUGUAACCACUAUGAGCACUGCAGUAACUUUAGUUUUAUUUUCAUUCAUAGUUGAGCUUAGAUGCAGUUGAAAAAAAUUGCUUGAUUAAUAUUUUGGCUUUGCAUUCAGGUUUUUAGUAUGAACCUACAGUCAUAUGAUGGCAGCAGAAAAAGCUUUGAAAGGUCUAUUACUUAUCAAAAACGUAUUGGUUAGCCUUUUUUUUUGACCCCACCACAUGAUGUAUAACUUGUCAGAGAGUUGUAUUCAUUUUGAAUUACAUUAAUUUGCUUAAAGCAUGUUGAGCAUUGUUAGGAUCACAAUUACACGUUGACUGAAGCUCAAAGGGGAUAUUCCAGUUCAGGCAGUAGGCCUCUUAAUACUUUUUUUUUUUCGUAUUGGAAGUAGUCCUGUCACAAUGAUACAUUCAUAUACAGAUCCAUGAUGCCCAGUCUGGCUUGUUUCAGAAAAUAGACCCAGUUCUUCCUGCACAGCUCUCCUAAAAUCAUCUCAUCUGUUGCUUAAUUUUAAGAUCUGUGCAAUAAAUUCAACGCCUAAUUGCUUUUCAUAGUGGGAGAAGGUUCUUUCAUUCAGCAUGGAUACAAUCCACAGCUGAAAUCUAUCUGGAGAAAAGCUGAUUGCAUUUGUGUCUUAGAUCUGCUUUUAAACUUUUUCUGCAUCUGUGUCCUCACAGUCUAGCUUGCUAUUUAAAUACAUUUCAUAUUUGUUUAACCUGGUUGAACUUUGGUCACCAUGCACAUAUAUGUAAAUGAAGCUUGUUAUGAAUGUAGUUACAUGCACUGAAUGCUCCCCCCCCCCCCCGCCCCUUUCAAGUCUUCUUUUUCAUGGCUGUCGUCUUCUCUGAUGGGGACACUCAUCUUACCCGCACUAUUUUUGUGAGUGUAUGUUUUAUUUCUGCAGUAAUUUGACUUAAUUAUUUAUGCCUGAUAUCAAAGUGAUGUGCCUUUCUGACUUAGCUAGAUAAAAGCCCCUGAACUAUGGAGUUCUGUAUGAGCUUUGUUUGUAAGUCUGCUUGUGUGUUUUCAGCCUGAGGGAAACGGUCCUGAUGGAUUUGAAUUGGUAUAUCACUUCAUUUGAUAAGUUGAAGAUUUCAUAAUGAGUUUUGAUCAGUCACCUACUAAUACUGUCCAAUCUGGAUGUCAACAGCAUUGCAUUUUGUCUCAUUAUAUGAAAAAACAUGAUCGUUCAAAAUUUCUGUCAAAUUUGAUGAAUUAGAAGACCUAAAUCAAAGCAAUUCGUGAAGAGUGUGGCAGCUAAUAGAUGUAUUCCUUUCAUAGCGUGUUUAGGAAACGUAAUUUUUUCAAUUAAGUCAAAUAUAAAGAUUUCCCUCCUUCAAAAACAUUAAGAUGUGAUUUUGGAUCAUGUGCUGAGGUACUCGGACGAGUUGUUUUGUGGUGACUGUUAGUUUGGUUUGCUGGCUCUUGUCUUCUCCAAAUCAGAAUUCUGGCCAUGCUGUCGGGGAUAAUAACCUGAAUACCUCACAAUGUUCUCUCUUUCUGUUAACUUUCAGUUGCUGUAGACUGAUAGCUUUGUGUAGGCAUAAAUAGUAAUCAAGGGGAGCAUCUGCAUGAAAGAAACUAAUGGUAGUUUGUACAUCUCAUUAUUUAACCUGCUUAGCAGCCCUGUGAUGCUGUGUUGACAUCCUCAGAUGUUAAAUCAGGCUGUAUAGUUCUUUUCUUUCCACUAUGCUUCACUAUCUUCUAACUUCUGUGACCAAAUCAGAGAAACUAUUAGCUUUUGAAAUAUUUUUGAGCUAUGAUAUGUGUAUAUGGAGAAAAUUAUUUCAGUUGAACUUUUUUCUGUUAUAUUGGCUUUCUUUUCUGUACAUAUUGAGGGCUUUUACAUAUUUGUCUCUUGUACUAUCUGUCAUCAUUUUUUUAGAUACCAUUUUCUAAAUUCCAAUUAUUCACAUGUAUAUUGUCUAAGUAGAUCUAGUCAACAUUAGUCUGUAAAGACUUCCUUGUAUCAUCACUCAUUCAUUGUGAAAGAUACAUGAUCUGCUGCCUGUACAUUGUAUAUAGAUGUAAAACAAACAAAAGCUGAUCAAAUUAAAUAAAACCCACAUGAAGACUUAAGAUUAGCUAGGAAGUAUAAUUGUAUGCAUAUGUACAAAAAAGAAUCUUAAAAGGAUGCAAUUGAACUGCAUUUGAUUAACUUUUCUUCAUUCUUCAAUCAUGAUUGGAUGUGUUGUCUUUACUUCUUUUAUAAAAGUGGUUUGGUGAGUCGGCAGGCUACUAAUUGGGGUUUCUUAGGAUUUUGAAAUAAGGGUUGAGUCUGUCUUAACAGAUAUUGUCUGAAUGAUGUACUGUACUACUGAGAAACCUAAGCACAGUGCUGCACAGCAGCAGAAGUGGCACCUUGCUUCAUCUGCUUCCAUGCCCCCCAAACACCUCAUGUUUCCACGCCCUCCUUCAGAGAGGAGCAGGUUUUCUUGCCAAGAUGUAACUCUUCCUUUUGGCCUUAUGUGUGGUGGAGUGUGUACACUUGUCAAUUUAGAUCUAUUAAACUCUCUUGAACUUACAAAAUUGUGAAACAUUGCCCCAUUGUCUUGGUGUGCCGUAAAGAUUGCCUGGUUACCUUUUUGUUAGAUAUGUAGCACUUUAUGAAAGAUCAAGUCUCAAUCAAGCAAGGCCCCUACUACUGUCCUGUUAUUUUUGUUAUUUAGCUUUUUGAUCCAAUGGGUUUAAAUCAGUACAGUUUCAUCUGGACAAGAGCUAAACAAUGUUAAAUGUGGUUCCAGAUGUGUGUUUGUACAGCGGUGUCCUUGUACACUAGGUGUGACGGGGCUUUCUUUUGGCUAUCUGUCUUUGCUUUUGUGCCUCGACGCUAAUUUCUGUUCCUGCUUGGCACUAUCAGUUUUUGUUUGAUGUCUCUGAUAUGAAGGGUGGGGCUGAUGCACAUUAUUUUGUUAAUUUGAGUGAAUCAUUACAAGGAAGUUGAUCAUGGCACAGAAUGAAGGAGGGUGCAAUUUAUUGUUUGUUUGGUUUCCUUUUUAGAUCUUGUGUUUAUGCAGAGCUGCUAUACCCACCCCAGAAACAAACAUGGCUUGUGCUACAACUUAAUAACCACGAGGGUGUCGCUGUGCAAAACGGAGGGCUGAUGGGUUUAGAAAGGAAGUUUCAUACAUCUAUUCCUGAAUGUUCUGAAUGUUUAUGGUGGUGUUGUAUGUAUGUCUUAUUCAACCGGUAAUCUGUCAUUCACAUCUGCUCAGUUCUUUUAGUGAUGAUGUAAGUCAUGCAGUUUUAAAUGUAAAAAUGGAAAUGAACCCAAAAUAAGUGCUCUGGACACUGUUGACUUAAAGGAAGAAAAGCAAAGGAAACAAAUGUCCAUCAGCGUUUGAAGUGAUAGUAGUGUGUCUGUGUGUAUGUAUGAGAGAGAGAGAGAGAGAGAAUGAUAUUGAUCUUGCUUGAAAGAAUGUGAUGGUGUGUGACAUGUCUUUUAUCUAGAUAGGACAUGGUUUUUGGCUGCAAUUUCAACUUUCAGCUUCUGAGCUGCAUGUGAAAACCAGUGUAAAUAACGUCAUUUCUACUCUCGACCUGACUCUCUUUUUGAAAUGCAAGAUAAAUUUAAAUUAUGAAGUCUGUCAUGCCACCUUAAGGGGUCAGUACUAACAUGUACAUGAAGAAGUUGUUCAGAUAGUCCUCAAAAUACUGUCAUCGAUUCUGAGGGUGUACACCCAUCAAGUGGAUAAUUGGAGGGUUUAUAUUUGAUUUACUUUUAAUUUGUUAAGGUGAAUAGUGUGUAAAGUGCUUGAAGAGCAUCUGAAUUGCCCGCAUAUUCACUUUCCCUGUUGGAUCACAAAAAAAAAACAUCCAUUGUAUUUUGAAAACUAAAACUGUUUGUAACCCUUGAGGCCUGUCUGGACUGUAAAACAACAUGGUUACUGGUUUGUUGGGGGAGGGAGGAGGCAUGGGGUUCACUUUUUCCAGUCGAGUUUGACAUGUUGAACUGGAUCCCAGUUCCAUGGCUUCAAGGUGAGUGUGAAUGUCAGACUGAAAGUAUGAAAUACUGAUUAAAGAUGAGAAGCUGUAAACUAUUAAAUGGGAUAUUUUCAAUUUAUGCUGUGUAUUCUUGUCUUUGGGUUGGAGAAUAUGAUCAAGCAAAUAAAAGAGUCAAAUAAAAAUCUAGUUGAUCCCA